UCGAGUCCAUGGCCGAAAAAAAAAAUAAAAAGAAUAAGAUAAUCAUAAAUAUUUAGGUCCUACAAUUUGAAUAAUGACGACAAUUUUAAUAAAAAAUAAGAGGAAGCCUCAUAAUGUAAAGCGAAAAUUACAUGAAAAGUCCCUGUCAUUAUAGUAAAACAAUAAACUGCAACAUGGAGGCACUACCCGAGCAUUCCACUGACACUUGCCUCAUAGUACCCAAGGAGGAAAUUUUAGAUGACCUGGAGAUCACGUUUGAAAAGGAAUACCAAGAUGACAAAUACUACAUCAUACCCAAAGAGGAGCUGUGCAAAAGCAGUCUGCACUUGAACGGUGAAGAUUCCUCGGGAUUUAACCACACGCCGAUUAAGACAGAACUGACUUUGAGUGAUGACGUCGUCCAGCUACGUCGAGAUUUCAAUGAAAACACAGAAACAGAAAAUGAACUUGUAUCUACACAUAAAACCGUCACAAAGAUUAAAUGGGAACCAGAUACUGAUGGCAGUGGUUCUGGAGACUCGGCUCAGACGCUUGGGGUUCCCCAACAUAAGGAGUGUUCUCCGAUACAGCGGCGUGGCAAUGAGAAGAAGCCACUCUCUUGCCAUUUUUGCGGUUUCAAAUGUAAAUACAAGAGUGCUCUAAUAAGACACAUGAGGUCGCACACCGGCGAGAAACCGUUCGCAUGCAAGUAUUGCGAGUUCAAAUGCAGCAACGUGAGCACUCUUAACCUGCACCUGCGCACGCACACGGGCGAAAGACCAUAUUGCUGUCGCAGUUGUCACGCUAAAUAUACUCGAAAGCAGCAUCUGUUGGUCCACAUGCGCAAGCACACUGAGCCUCCCCAACUGAAGAAGUGUCCGAACAAGGAGCCCCUCUCGUGCCAUUAUUGCGGGUUCAAGUGUAAAUACAAGAGCGCUAUAAUACGACACAUGAGUACCCACAACGGGGAGCAGCCGUUCGCAUGCAAGUAUUGCGAGUUCAAAUGCAGCGACAUCAGCACACUGAGCGCGCAUAUGCGCACACACACGGGAAAUGAGAAGUCUCUCUCUUGCCAUGCUUGCGGGUACACGUGUAAAUACAAAAGUGCUUUACUAAGACACGCGAGGUCACACACUGGCGAGAAGCCGUACGCUUGCAAGUAUUGCGAGUUUAAAUGCAGCAACGUCAGCACACUGAACUCGCACCUGCGCAAGCGCUUUGGGCCGCCCCCACUUAAGGAGUGUCCGCCGACCAAGCGGGGAAGAAAAGAGAAGGAGCCUCUCUCUUGCCAUGUUUGCGGGUACAAGUGUAAAUACAAGAGUUCUUUGUCGAAACACAUGAGUACCCACAACGAUGAAAAGCCGUUCAAACGCAGCAACGUCAGCACACUGAGCCCGCACAUGCGCACGCACACGGACGCUUCGCGGCCGAAAAGAGAAAGUUCGCCCCACCACGUUAGAACUGACAAGCCUCACAUGAGCCCUCAAUCCGAAAAAAAACCAUAUUGUUGCGAGGAAUGUAACGCUUGUUUCACGCUCAAGAAUGACUUGGUCGCUCACAAGCGCUCUCACGUUGUAAAACCCUUGAGUUGUGACCUGUGUCAGGCGAAGUUUAAACAGGAGCGUAGUUUAAUUCUUCACAUGAGAAAGCACACCGGAGAGAAACCCUACGUCUGCGGCCAAUGUCAGGCUAAAUUUAUUCGAAAAGGCGAACUAACUACUCACAUGAGGUUCCACAGUGGAGAAACUUAUCAGUGCGAACAUUGUCCGAAGAAAUUUUUGCAUAAACCGAGUCUCAUUUGCCACAGGAGAACACACACUGGUGAGAAACCUUAUUCGUGUGAACUGUGCCACAAGAAAUUUACACAGACAGGUACCUUAAAUUCUCACAUGCAGACGCACGCUGAUGCUAAACUUUAUUCCUGCGAUCAAUGUUUCAAGCAAUUUUCAAGACAAUCGUGUUUCACUUCUCAUGUUAUGACCCACACAGGAGAGAAACCCUAUUCUUGUACUGUUUGCGGGAUGAAAUUUAGAAGUAGGCAUCAUUUAAUUUCUCACACGAGGAUACAUACUGGGGAAAAACCUUACUCUUGUUCGUUAUGCGAUGCGAAGUUCGCCCAAAUGAGUUCUCUGAACGGCCACUUAAGGUCCCACUCUGGCGAGAAACUGUAUUCUUGCAUCUUGUGUCAGGCUAAACUUGCAAGUAAACACUCUUUAACUGUCCACAUGCGGUCCCACACUGGUGAGAAACCCUUCUCGUGUGGCGUAUGCGAGGCUGAAUUUACAAAUAAACAAAGCCUAACGAGUCACAUGAGGAGUCACACUGACGCCAAACCAUUUCCUUGUGAUCAGUGCGAGGCUUCGUUUAAACACAAGCAUAAUUUGACUACGCAUUUGAGAACCCAUACCGGCGAGAAGCCUUAUUCCUGCAAAGUCUGUGAUUACAGAUUCGCUCAAAGCAGUGCGCUAGUGAGGCACACGAGAACUCAUAGGUAGUUAAAAAUGUUUAAAGGUUCUAUAAAAAAACAUUUUUUAACUUCUCUGUAUUUUUCGCGGGGUCCUUGUUAAUUAGUUUAUAAGAUGGCAAAUUGUUAUUUGACUGAGCAGCAUUUUUUGAUUCAUAGAGUUAGCUAUAAAUUGGGUUAAACAGCACUUGUGUUUUGAUAAAAAUGUAUAAUGUAGCAUAUCCUAGGUUUAUGUUAUUACUGAAAUAAUGCCCUGACUUGAGGCUCUUGAAGCAGUCAACAAUCAAUUUAAUGCAUCACGGAAUGCAAUAAUUUACUAAAAUAAACUAAAUAAAAUCUAAAACGUCCUCGAAACCACCGCAGCGAGGCACAGUUCCUAAGAU